AAAGGGAAUCUUCUCCUGGCUCCACGUAUCUCAGAUCCCUUAUCAAGUGCGGGUGACGGAAUGUGGUGGGGUUCAUUCUUUGGCCAUUAACAUUUCCUGGUCCUGUGGGGCUAUAAAGAUGGGGAGAGCAUCAGGGUUUGCACUGAGUAAGGAAGGAGAGAGGGAGAUCGGUGGCCAUCGUAGAGUUGGAAGGGGCCUCAAGAAUCAUCUAGUCCAACCCCAACACCAUGGGAUUAGCAAUUCCUUUCCUCCUUGUCCUGUUCUUCAUUGGCGGUCAACUUGAAGGCAGAGCUGCCCACAGUUCAGAGCUAGCGGACCUCAAGGCCCUUCUUGAGCUCCUAGAAGACAGACUUGAAUUCGGAGGAAAGGAGUCGGAGCUCCAACCCAAUGACGAAACAGCCAGAGAUGUUUCCCAGGCUUCUGCCACCUGGGACACCGAAUACGCAAGGCCUCAGGGCGAAGGCGCCUUCAGCCCCAGCAGCUGGGAGCAGCCAGUGGCAAGAGAGCCGGCGGCUGCAAGGAACAAACUGAGAGCCCUUUUCAACUCUCCCCGCAGCUUGCAAAGGUCCUCAAACUGCUUCGGCCAGAGGCUGGACAGGAUAGGGACCUCAACCGGACUUGGCUGCAACAGGAACCGGAACUGAAGCCGAUGCAAAAAACCGUCUCCAUCUUCCAUCUCUGACGACAAUCAACUCCCCAG